UCAACUGCAGAGUUAAAUUUAGGACAAUACGCACCACGACCUACCCGAAAUCAUUACAAUGGAGACCUGUUAUCGCACACUUUGGAUGACAGUUAUUCUGUCAUUGAUUACGCGGAGAUCAGCCGCGGUAGGGCCGGUUAUCCGGUGUGAACCUUGUGAUGCUGGAGCCCGGCUCCUCUGCAAGCCGUUGCCCAAGGACUGCACCGAGAGAGUUCGCGAAACUGGCUGCGGGUGCUGCAUGACUUGCGCGCUGGCAUUUAGACAGCCGUGCGGGGUGUACACGGGGAGAUGUGGCUCCGGGAUGACAUGCCAGCAGCAGCCCGGCGAGACGAAACCUCUCCAAGCUCUGCUGGAGGGACGAGGACAGUGUGCGAUUGCAACCACUAAAAGAUCCACCGCCGCUUUACCUGCCGUCAAUGAGAUACAAGAGAAUGUGGGUGGUACUCAGGAGGAGGAGCAAAACACCACCGCCCCAGUGAUCCAAGCCCCUCAAGCCCUUUUCAGCACCAGCAGACCUCCUGUAGGCCCCCCCAGACUCCCCCACCACCCCUCUCUCCUCCACCCUGUCAAGGCAGUGGUCAUCCACAGGGAGCAGCUGAAGAGGGCCCGGAGCUACAAAAUGGAGGAACUCCCUGGAGCUCACAGCACAGACCAACAGAACUUCUCCCUGGAAUCCAAGCAGGAGCCAGAGUAUGGUCCCUGUCUUAGAGAGAUGGAGAGUGUCCUCAAAGGACUGAAGAUCACAGACAUCCUCAACCCCAGAGGCUUCCACAUCCCAAACUGUGACAAUAAGGGCUUCUACAAAAAAAAACAGUGCCGUCCAUCCAAGGGCAGAAAGCGAGGGUUUUGCUGGUGUGUCGACAAGUAUGGGCAGCCAUUGCCAAGUUUCAACGGGAAGGAGAGAGGAGACACCCAGUGCUACAACUCUGAGAGCCAAUAAGACCUAAGCAGCAAGAAGGAACCAGAGAGAGAGAGAGAGGCGGAGAGAAAGAAAAGGGAGCCAUGAACACACAGAAAAACUAUGAGGAUAUUGGGAUCCAAAAGGGUCCAAAAUGGCUGGGCCUGGACGUGUUGGCUGGCAUUGAUGAUACUUCGGCCAACAGGAAGGCAGGGCAGGAGGAUGGGAGGCAGGGCAGGAGGAGUGGCUUGAGAAGAGGACUCAUCCAAUCACACUCCUUGUGUCCAACACACACCCUCCAAUGCUAUGUUCUGCUCCUAUGCACUGUAAACAGUGUGUGGAUGGAUUCUCCAUAGACAGAGGGCAGUACUUCUAAGGACAAAUUAGAUAAUUAAUUCCAUUGCAGAGAGCUAGCCUUGAUGAUUACAGAAUUGAUGUCAGAGACUUCUAUACAGUAAUUCUGUAUGUUUGAUAUGUUACUGUAUGUAUUUGUGUGGUUGUGUGUGUGUGUGUGUGUGUGUGUGUGUGUGUGUGUGUGUGUGUGUGUGUGUGUGUGUGUGUGUGUGAAAUACAAGUGUGUCUAUCUGUGUAACCGCUGUUGUGUGACCACCCUGUGGCACAGUACAGUACAAUGUCAUAAAAUGCCUUCCCACUUUGUGCCAGAGGAUACAUACAUCAGCCUUUAGUCCAACCUGUAUCUCACUGCAGCAUCACUACCCUUUCCUCAGGACCAUUUAAGGGAGUUGACUAUAAAGCUGGAUACUGUUCUCAUCUUCCCUAUGCAACUCAUAUACAUCUUCAUGUAAGUACAUUCCCUAUACUUCUACCAGUGGAACAUACAGUGCAUUCGGAAAAUGUUCAGACCAUUUGACUUUUUCCACAUUUUGUUACGUUACAGUCUUAUUCUAAAAUCGAUUAAAUUGUUUUUUUCCCGUCAUCAAUCUACACAAAAUACCCCAUAAUGAUAAAGCAAAAACAUUUUUUUUACACAUUUUUGCUAAUUUAUUAAAAGUAAAAAACCUGAAUUAUGACACUUAUGUAAGUAUUCAGACCCUUCACUCAGUACUUUGUUGAAGCACCUUUGGCAGUGAUUACAGCCGCAUUAGUCUUCUUGGGUAUGAUGCCACAAACUUGGCACACCUGUAUUUGGAGAGUUUCUCCCAUUCUUUCCAGAUCCUCUCAAGCUCUGUCAGGUUGGAUGGGGAGUGUCGCUGCACAGCUAUUUUCAGGUCUCUCCAGAGAUGUUCAAACGGGUUCAAGUCCGGGCUCUGGGUGGGCCACUCAAAGACAUUCCGUGACUUAUCCCGAAGCCACUCCUGCGUUGUAUUGGCUGUGUGUUUAGGGUCAUUGUCCUGUUGGAAGGUGAACCUUUACCCCAGUCUGAGGUCCUGAGCACUCUGGAGCAGGUUUUCAUCAAGGAUCUCUCUGUGCUUUGCUCCGUUUAUCUUUCCCUUGUUCCUGACUAGUCUCUCCCAGUCCCUGAUGCUGAAAAACAUCCCCACAACAUGAUGCUGUCACCACCAUUCUUCACCGUAGAGAUGGUGCCAGUUUUCCUCUAGACGUGACACUUGGCACGUUUUUCUGUUUUCAGAGAUUCCUUUUCACCUUUUAGCUGUGCCUUGGUUAAAGGUCAAUAUUCUCUAUCCUUGUAUCAAAAAGUGUAUUUAUAACAAAUAAAUGCAGUAAAGUUGA